AUGGAACGCAAGCCGGACCUCAACCAACAUCGUCAGCAUCAUCAACCCCCAAGAACACCAAGUUAUACCCUCCCAUACCCAUCGCCGCACCAACAUGUAUCGCCCACAAAGCAUCUGCCACACCCUCCAUCCUCUUCGAGCACACCGCCAGGUCCACCCUCGCUGAGUACAUCCUCUAUCUCAAGCUCCUCAUACGCUGGGAGUGCCGACGCGGGUGCAUUUGACCCGUUGCAAUUAGAUCGCAGCUUAGCUGUUCAAGCUCAAACUUCGGGAAUGCUUAAUAGUAAAACGCGGGAACUUAUUGCACUUCAAGAGGAAGCCCAGGCGCGGUUAGCAGAAACCAAACGGGCAUUCUUGGAUGGCAUGAAGAUUGCGAAGGAAGUUAAGUCGGAUCUUGAUUAUGUUCACCGAAAAGUCAAGGUUCUGAAACAGAAAACAGAGCGGAAGUAA